AUGUACAGCGUGACGUGCCGGAUCCCUGUGGGCAGCAAGCGGCGUGCUGACAUUGUGCUUGGUGCUGUGGGUGUGGAUGCGGAGCUGCGGCCAGAGGUGGUCUCUCGCCAGUGGGCGGUGGAUGAUGAUGGCGUCCUGGCAGUGACUGUGGCAUCGGACGAGCUGCGCGCUGUCCGGGUCUCGUGCACCUCUGUGCUGGAUCAUGUGGCGCUGGCCAUUCGGACGCUGGCGGCGUUUGAUGGAGAGGAUGCAGGAGGUCAAAGCCAGUCGACGGCUGCUCCUGCGGCUAUGGUGGAGAGCGGCAUGUGAUGCGGCGGGCUCGCUGCUCACUUGCGCUUGCGGCCGGUCGGGCGGCGGCGUGACAAGCCGGGACGGUUGGAGGAUGGUGAGCCGGAAGACUUGGCGCCCGAUGAUUGCUCGGCAGCAAGGAGGAGCUUGCCCAUGUCGGUGAUACCCUCGACGCCGUCAUCGCGGGCCCUGCACCAGUCGGCGCCAGCAAGGUGCCGAAGGGCACGAACCUCGUCCAUGGUGCAGCCCUUUGCUCCAAACUGGACAGGGACACGGAGCUUGCGGCCGUUGCGCUCGACGUGGAAGAUCUCUGUCUCGCCGACAAAGGCGGCAUGAAGGACAUGCAUAAAGUGUUGCCGCUCGUUG